AUGGACACCAUUGUUCUGUAUCCUUCUUCAGGUAUAAGCCACCUUGUUCCCAUGGUAGAGCUUGCACAAAUCCUACUCACUCACAACCCUUCCUUCUCCAUCACCGUCCUCAUUGCCACACUACCUUCCGACACAGCCUCCACCGCCUCAUACAUCGCGGCCGUGACUGCCACCACCCCUUCCGUCAACUUCCACCACCUCCCCACUGUUUCUUUUCCCAAACCGUCCAGCUUUCCAGCUCUAUUCUUUGAAUUUAUGACCCUAAACGACAAUAAUCUCCGUCAAACCCUAGAGUCCAUGUCCCAGACCUCAAGUAUUAAAGCCUUCAUCAUCGACUUCUUCUGCAAUACCUCUUAUGAAAUUUCUGCAAAUCUUAACAUCCCUACUUACUAUUUCUAUACUUCAGGGGCAAAUGGGCUUGCGUUGUUCCUUUACCUCUCCACCAUUGAUAGAAACAUUACAAAAAGCUUGAAAGAUGAUCUCAACAUCCAUAUCCAUGUCCCGGGAACACCAUCCUUUGUAGCUUCUGAUAUGCCCUUGGCGUUGCUUGAUCGCAGUACUAAAGUCUAUCAGUACUUCCUUGACACUGCAAACCAGAUGGCUAAAUCAUCUGGAAUCAUCAUAAACACGUUUAAAUUGCUCGAACCAAGAGCUAUCAAAGCGAUAUCAGAGGGUUUCUGCGUUCCGGAUGCACCCACUCCUCCAAUUUUCUGCAUUGGCCCAUUGGUCUCAAGCACCAAGCGACCUGGCGGUGGUGGUGAUGAAGAUAAGUGCCUGAGCUGGCUCAAUACGCAGCCGAGCCGAAGCGUGGUGUUUCUUAGUUUUGGAAGCAUGGGGUUGUUCUCGUCCGAGCAGUUGAAGGAAAUUGCAAUUGGGCUUGAAAGAAGUGGGGUGAGGUUCUUGUGGGUGGUGCGGAUGGAGGAGCGCAAAGGAGAAACACCUCAGGCAAGCUUUGACUCAUGCUUGCCAAAAGGGUUCUUAGAGAGAACAAAGGAUAGAGGAUAUCUGUUGAAUUCUUGGGCACCACAGGUGGCGGUGCUGAGUCAUGACUCAGUUGGCGGGUUUGUGACUCACUGUGGGUGGAAUUCGAUUCUGGAGUCUAUAUGUGCUGGAGUGCCUAUGGUGGCAUGGCCUCUGUACGCAGAGCAAAAGUUUUACAGGGUAAUUUUGGUGGAGGAAUUCAAGGUAGCUUUGCCAGUGAAUCAGUCUGAAAACGAGUUUGUGAGUGCAACUGAGUUGGAGAACCGAGUGACCGAGUUGAUGAAUUCCGAGAAAGGAAGGGCUUUGAGAGACCGAGUUACAGCCAUGAGAGAGGAUGCUAAGGCGGCCAUGAGAGAGGGUGGAUCAUAUCGGGUUGAAUUGUCCAAGUUAGUUGAGUCAUUUAAACGAGCUCCACUGAGUUGA